GGGACUCCCUGACACAACUGGAGCUAACUAAUUGAAUGGAAAAAAUGAUGAAGUCCUCUGUCCACGCAGAAGAGGAUGACUUUGUUCCGGAGCUGCAGAGGAGCAUCCAUCCCAGGGAGAGGCCGGACUGGGAGGAGACGCUCAGUGCCAUGGCCAGAGGCGCCGACAUUCCGGACAUCCCGGGGGAGCUGCCGCUGCGCUCCUGUGGCAGCACAGCCAGCAUGAAGGUCAAGAACGUCAGAAAAUACAUCCCCCCGGGACUGAUGGGCUGUGAUGCCUUUCACAGGUUAUCCUUUACAAAGGGGCACUUCCCGAAGAUGGCUGAGUGUGCACAUUUCCACUAUGAAAACGUGGACUUUGGCAACAGCUGGAAUGUCACAAAAGGGAUGUGGUGCUGCUGGAAUGUCACAGUUCUGUAG